AUGCCGAUGGCAAUUGAGGUUAGGGCCAUUGCUGGCUUGAUAGGGCUUACAGAGGCUGAAUGGGGUCAAGUCAGGCGUGAUUUCCUACAGGAAUUGCACACACACGUAGACCAUUACACUCAUCUAUAUGGUUCACACGACAGGAUUGAAGAGCUGACCCAUAUUCUAUCAUACUUUGAGCCCAAUCCAGGGUAUCACCGUUGGAUGACUAUGCCUGACAUGGGUCAUCUUAUUGCAUCUUGUUAUAAUGUGGUAUUUUACCACUUAUCUGCACAACAAUGCCUUACUUUCCUCCCCCUACGAUCAGUGCCAAUAUCACAACUUCAAUGGCGUGAGAUUGCUAUUGGGUUUGUUAAUGGGAAUCAUUUUGUCCAGCUGUGUCAAUGUAGGAGUUCAUGUCAUCCAGUUCCACCAAUAGCUACCAAUUGGUGCAAGUUUCAUCAUUCUUGUGCAGCUGGAUGGGAUACUGCAUAUAAUCGCCGAAUUGAGCAUUUUAAAGAAGUUGUUCAUUCAAGGGCAGCUACUAGAGAGAUAUUUGAUUGUGUUAACCUUGAUGAGUAA